AUGCGCGCGCGCUGGCGUUGCCAUGAUGGCGUUGACGCCUCGUCUGCGCCGCCAUCAUCCUCGACACUCCCCCGCGACGCCUCGGUGCCCUCCCUCGCUGACGCCACCCAGGCGACGUCACCCCGGCCCCAUGAGGUGACACCAGCCCUCGCCCCUCCAUUGGCCGACGCCACCGCCCGCUCCACUCCUGCCCACCUCCCUGCCUAUAAAAAGAGGCCAAACGCCACCACCUCGCCCUUUCAACCCCCUCCCACUCUCACGCCACCCUCUACCCCUCUGCCGAGCUGCUCGAGCAGCAGCUCGAGCUGCUACUGCUGCUGCCCGCUCGCCGACGCUCACCGCGGUCACCGCGAGGGUGACGCGCAGGUGGUCACCGCCACGACACCGUCGACGCUCCCCCUCUCCUUCCCUUCAUCACCAUCGCCAUCUACAUCGCCUAACCGCCCCCUCCUUACCUCCCUGACACGCAGAUCCACCGAGGAAUGA